AUGUCUCGCCGGCGGCGCGGAGGCUCCGACUCCGACGGCGAGGACGACAGCUUCCUCUACCGCUACCCGCUCCCCUCCGCCGCCGCCUCAGCAAGCGCCUCCGCGGGAGGCGGCGGCAAGCCAAGGGGCGGGGGCGGGGGCUCGGGCGGUCUGGCGCCGUCCAAAUCCACCGUCUACGUGUCCAACCUGGACUUCGCGCUCACCAACUCCGACCUCCACCUCCUCUUCUCCCGAUUCGGCCGCGUCGCGCGCGUCACCGUCCUCAAGGACCGUGAAUCCCGCCGCAGCCGCGGCGUCGCCUUCGUCCUCUUCGUCAACCGGGAGGACGCCGCGGCCGCGGCCGCCGAGAUGCACGGCAAGGUGCUCAACGGGCGCACGCUCUCCGCCUCCAUCGCCGCCGACAACGGCCGCGCUGCGGAGUUCAUCCGCCGCCGCGUGUAUCGGGACAAGUCGCGGUGCUACGAGUGCGGCGAGGAGGGCCACCUAUCCUACGAGUGCCCCCGCAACCAGCUCGGGCCCCGCGAGAGGCCCGCACCGUCUAAGAAGUCGCGCCGCGGUGGUGGUGGUGGUGGUGGUGGUGGGGGCAGUGGCGGGCGUGGGCGCGGUCGCGGGGGCGAGGCUGAUUGGCAUUCGGAUGACGAUGAGGAUGCUGCUGCCGCCGCGGCGUUCGAGGACGACAGGUGGGCGUCGGUAGUGGAUACCAGGGGAGAGGAGGAGAAGGCGGCUGGGAAGGAAGAGGGAAAGGGAAAGGGAAAGGGAAAGGCGGCAAGGAAGGAGAAGAAGAAAGGCUACUUCAGCGACGAGAGUGACGAGGACGACGACUAA